AUGUCACAGGAGGAGACACCACAAGAUUCUGUAGCGUCAAUUGCGCCUGCUUCUACGGUUUCUCUGUCGUCAAGCGUUGAGGUAGCUGUUUCCGUACCCUUGGAAGCUUCACAGACGCAGGAACCGGAACAAAGUCGAAGGCCAACGGAAUCCCAACAGCAGGAAGUCAGCCAACAUGAGACAUUUAAGACUAAUCGGGAGCCUUUGAGCGAGCCGAUUUUGAGCUCAAAUGCGUCGAAGCAUUCUAGAAACGUUUCCACCGUUUCGUCAUCCGCUGGGGUCGCUAAUAUGAAGUCGACGACUUUACUGGUGAAGAGCACUUUACAGUCCAUCCAGGAAGAAAAAGAUUUGAAGAAAUAUCCAAAUGUGCAAAAGGUUGUGGAGAGAACAUUGAGCAGAGUGUCGGAGACAUUGACACACACCAAUAAUGAACCAUACUAUCUGGACUCUAUACUGGUUUUUGAAGUGCUGAGAGCAGCUUGUCGGACGAAGUCUUCGAGGAUUCAACUUAAGUCCUUGGAUUGCCUUUCGAAGCUGUUUUCUUUCAGAGCGCUCGAUGAAUCGAUACUCGUCAAUCCGCCUGACUCGCUGGCUUCCAACGAUCAGACCCAGGAGACUACCGGAAUUACGCCUCCACCGAAGCAGAGACUGAUUGAUGCGGCUAUCGACACUAUAGCGGACUGUUUCCAAGGGGAAAGUACUGACUACAGGGUUGAGCUGCAGAUUGUCAAGGCAUUGUCGAGCUGUAUUCUGGUAGAAGAUCUGGGCUCAUUAUGCCACGGUGCGUCUUUAUUGAAGGCCGUCAGAACCAUUUACAACGUUUUUAUUUUCUCAUUAAGUGGGUCUAAUCAAGGUAUCGCGCAAGCGACGCUUACGCAGAUUGUUUCGGCAGUUUUCGACAAGAUCGAUCUCAAACAGCUUUCACAAGCACCCAACGAUGCCAUCAAGAAUCCAAAGGAUUCAUCGUCGUCAGUCGAGCAAGAUUCGGGCUCUCAAGCCCCCCUAACACUAAAUAACUUGAAUGCUCUGAAUGAUGAAGAGGACGACCGGAUGGUUGAGGCAGCGCAGCAGCAAGAGCAAAACGGUACAGAGACAACGUCUCAUAGCAUGCAGGAUUUGCUUAUAAAAGAUGCCUUCUUGGUCUUCAGAGCUAUGGCCAAGAUAUCAGCCAAGCCUUUAGAAGCGGAAUUGGACAUGAGGUCCCACGCCGUUAGAUCGAAAUUGCUAUCUUUGCAUAUCAUACAUUCAAUCAUAAAGGACCACAUCGAAGUCUUUCUAUGCAAGACUGCUUACUUGCCCGGUACCGACUCCGUCACAUUUUUGGACUCAGUCAGGCAGUACCUGUGCCUGCUUCUUUCCCGCAAUGCAGCUUCAUCAAUAUUCCCGGUGUUCGAGAUCACUUUGGAGAUUAUGUGGCUACUGAUAGCAAACCUAAGAGCAGAUUUUAAAAGAGAGAUUCCAGUAUUUUUUACAGAGAUCUACUUUCCAGUUUCAGAACUGAAAACCUCGACUUUUCAGCAAAAGCGAUAUUUUUUGAGCAUCAUUCAAAGGCUCUGCAGUGAUCCUAGGACUCUGAUAGAGUUUUAUCUUAAUUAUGACUGCACAACUGGUAUGCCCAACAUAAUGGAAAUGAUGGUUGAUUACUUGACAAGGCUAGCCUUGACAAGAGUCGACAUAAAUCAAACUCAGAGAGCGUAUUAUGAGGAACAACUUGGAAAACCUUUGGCUACUUACAGCAGUGGUCAAGUGCCCCUUUUAUCAGUAACAAACAUGUCGGCUGCCACAGAUGCGAAUCAAGCAGUUUUGCCUUUUCCGUUGGAGUUUGCUCUUAAGAUGACCUCGUUGAACUGUAUUGUAUCGAUGCUGAGAUCUUUGAGUUCAUGGGCACAUCGCGCUUUGAAUACAAACGUAAAUUCUAACAAUACAGCCAGUCCCGGUAACGUUUCGAGAUCGCCCUCAUCGCUUGGACGAGGUCGACGGACUUCUUCUGUUUUCGAUUCUACCAAUAGCUUAAAGAGCAUUGCAGCUGACGAUAUGUCUGGCUCCGCAGCUUCGCGAGAUAUUGAUGAUCCUAGCCAGUUUGACAGCUUGAAACAACAGAAGACCGAACUUUCAGCAUGUAUCAGGCUCUUCAAUAACAAACCAAAAAGGGCCAUUCCAGAGCUGAUCAAAAAGAAUUUUUUGAAGGACGAUUCCCCUGUAUCUGUCGCAAAAUGGCUUCUGGAAACGGACGGACUGGAUUUGGCUGUUGUGGGAGAUUUUCUCGGUGAAGGUGACGACCAGCAUAUCGCUAUUAUGCAUGCAUUUGUUGAUCAAUUCGAUUUUACAGGCCUCUCGAUAGUUGACGCGCUGAGAAAGUUCUUGCAAGAAUUCAGACUGCCGGGUGAGGGGCAGAAAAUCGACCGAUUUAUGCUUAAAUUUGCUGAAAGAUUUGUCGAUCAAAAUCCUGGUAUGUUCGCCAAGGCAGACACAGCUUACGUCUUGUCAUAUUCCCUGAUUAUGUUGAAUACCGAUCUGCAUUCAUCUCAAAUAAAAAACAAAAUGACUUUGCAAGAGUUUCUGGAGAACAAUGAAGGCAUCGAUAAUGGUAAGGAUUUGCCAAAGGAUUUUAUGGUUGGUCUGUUCAAUGAGAUUGCUAAUAAUGAGAUUAAGCUUCAAUCUGAGCAGCAUCAGGCCAUGCUCUCGGAUGGCCAAAAUUUCAUACAACAACAGCAGCCGCCAUCGGCGUUCAAUUUUUUCAGCAGCAGGGAUAUUGUAAGGGAGGCUUAUAUGCAAGUUUCCAAGGAAAUUUCAUCCAAAACCGAGCUGGUUUUCAAAAAUUUGAAUAAGACCAAGAGCGAUGUCGGAGUUUUUCACGCUGCAUCUCAUGUGGAGCAUGUUAAAUCUAUAUUCGAAACGCUUUGGAUGUCGUUUCUUGCGGCGUUAACGCCACCCUUUAAGGAUUACGAUGACAUUGAGACGACCAACAAGUGCUUGGAUGGCUUGAGAAUAUCUAUCAGGAUUUCAGCUACCUUCGGUAUCGAGUAUGCCAGAAAAUCAUUUAUUGGUGCGUUGGUUCAGUUUUGUAACCUGCAGAACUUGGAAGAGAUCAAAAUCAAGAAUGUUAAUGCAAUUAUCGUUUUGCUUGAAGUUGCUUUGACUGAAGGGAAUUUUUUCAGAGAGUCUUGGAAAGACGUUUUACUUGUGGUUUCACAAGUUGAGCGGUUGCAAUUAAUCUCCAGAGGCAUUGAUAGAGAAAGUGUUCCUGACGUUGCCCAAGCUAGAGUUGCAAAUCAUAGAAUCUCCUUCGAAUCAGCUAGAUCAAAUCAAACCUCCUUCUUCGAUAAAUGGACCAAAAAAGCGACACCAUCUGAACUGGCUCAGGAAAAGCAUCAUAAUCAGACUUUAUCGCCAGAAAUAUCCAAAUUCAUUUCAUCCAGCGAGUUGGUUCUUUUAAUGGAUAAUAUCUUCACUCAAAGUUCGAAACUAUCUGGAAAUGCCAUCAUAGACUUCAUCAAAGCGCUAACGGAUGUUUCUUUGGAGGAGGUUGAAUCUUCUCAAGAUGCUUCAACACCAAGAAUGUUUUCUUUACAGAAGAUGAUUGACGUUUGCUACUACAAUAUGGACCGUAUAAAGGUUGAAUGGACUCCAAUCUGGGCGGUUAUGGGAGCAGCAUUCAAUAAAAUAGCAACUAAUCCGAACCUGGCUGUGGUUUUCUUCGCCAUUGACUCAUUGCGUCAGUUGUCCAUGAGAUUCCUAGAUAUUGAAGAGCUAUCGGGUUUCGAAUUUCAACAUGACUUCUUGAAACCCUUCGAAUAUAUUGUCCAGAAUAGCGGUAACACCGAGGUGCAGAUGAUGAUUAUUGAAUGUUUUCGCAACUUUAUACUGACAAAAUCUGUUAAGAUUAAGUCCGGAUGGAAACCUAUCCUGGAAUCUCUUCAGUACACUGCCCGGUCUCAGAAUGAAUCGAUUGUGUACAAAACCUAUACACUGGCCAGCAACGAUAUUGUUGGUGAACAUCUCGAGAAUGUUUUCGCUCAAGAGGGCGCUUUCGGCGAGCUGGUAGCUGUCUUCAAAGAGAUCACCAAAAAUCAAAAAUCUCAAAAGCUUUCGUUGCAUGCUUUAGAGGCACUAAAGAAGAUGACUCAAAAAAUCGCUGAAAUUUGCUUCGAUGAUGGCAGUGACGAGAAGAGGACAGAAUAUUAUACUAUGUUACUACGUGGAAAAGACAUCUUCCAGGAUAUCUGGUUCCCUAUGUUAUUCUGUUUCAACGAUACAAUAAUGACCGCUGACGACCUGGAGGUGCGAUCUCGCGCUUUGAACUAUAUGUUUGAUGCCCUUGUCGCAUAUGGAAAUGAAUUCGAUGAUGCAUUCUGGGAGAAGAUUUGCACAAAGCUCCUGUUCCCGAUAUUCGGUGUGCUAUCAAAGCACUGGGAAGUCAACCAGUUUAAUAGCCACGAUGACCUGACGGUAUGGCUAUCGACAACACUAAUACAGGCUCUGAGGAACCUGAUUGCGCUAUUUACGCACUACUUCGACUCGCUGAACAAGAUGCUCGACGGGUUUCUUGGACUACUGGUAUCGUGCAUAUGUCAGGAGAAUGACACAAUUGCUCGGAUCGGCCGAUCCUGUUUACAGCAAUUAAUUACCCAAAACGUCACUAAAUUCAAUGAAAGCCAUUGGAGGGAGAUAGGAGGGGUCUUUAACAAGCUCUUUGAGAUGACCACAGCCACCGAGUUGUUCGAGUACGAUCCGCUGCAUCAGGGCAGACGCAGAAGUUCCACGCACCAACCGCUGGCUGACAACUGCGCCGCUAGUGGAAAGCAGCAGCCAGAUGAUUCUCAUCCGAGCGGCAAUAUCGACGAGACGGUCGAAAGGGCGCACCAAGAGGAAGCUAGUGAGGAUGUCGGCAAUGACAUGUCGGCGGAGCAAGAAGAAGCCGCACCACACGCCAACGGUAAGCAAGAGCUAAGCAAGCUGUCGGAGCCCUCCGCUCGCGAGCUGCGCCAAACCAGCCCAUCCCGGGACCUGAAGCCCGCCAGAAGGCUCGUCCACACGAAGAGCAGCGAGGACCUGCGCCGCAGAAUCACAGUCAAGAACUCGAUCGUCGUCAAAUGCGUGUUGCACCUGCUGCUAAUCGAGCUGCUCAGCGAGCUCUUCGAAAACGAGCACUUCGCCCGCAGCAUACCGCACUGGGAAGCCAUCCAAGUGACCACGCUGCUGGAAAAAUCGUACGAGUUUGCCCGCGACUUCAACCAGGACUACGACCUGCGCACCAGACUGGUCGAGGCCCGCGUCGUCGACAAGAUACCGAACCUGCUGAAGCAGGAAACCAGCGCCGCCGCAGUGCUCAUCAACGUGCUCUUCAAGCUCUACCUCAACGACGAGGACAAGAAGCCCCAACUCAGCAAGAGACUCAUCGACAUCUGCAACGACGUGGUCCUGGGCUACGUCUCGCUCGACGACCGCACCAUGGAGCGCAGCAUAAACUCCUGGCGCCCCGUCAUCGUCGAGAUCCUACAGGGCUACUACGAGUUCGACGACGACGACUUCAGACGCUACUGCUCCGUCAUGUACAACCUCGUCAUCAAGAUCCUCGACAAGAACGUGCCGCCUGACCUCAGGCACGCCAUCAGCAUCUUCCUCGCCAGAGUCGGCGAGCUCUACGUAGACUAG